CUUAUCGCUCGACUGGAAACCUUUUACGGCAUAAGCUGGGAUAAUGAAGGUACUCAACUAUGCGCCUUCAGCUUGGAAGGAAAGCAAUGGAUUCUCAAAAUUUCAGAUUCUGGCAUAUCGAUUAAUAAAAACCAGUACGGAACGCUUGAGGAAAAAUAUAGAAGAUCAGUUAAAGACGCGUUCCGGAAGGUGGUGGCCGACGAAAAAGAUUCCGAAAAUGAAAAUGGGCUUGACGGUAACUGGGAUGGGAUAACGAAUGAAGAUGACACAGAUUUCUGGAGGCCUCACCCCGCUUGUCGUCUCUGGGAUUUACUCGAAUAUGCCGAUUUCGAACAGCAUUUUGAAGAAUCCGAUAACAUUUUCGAACAUCUUGUGAAAACUUGUGAACCGGCAAUACUGAAAG